AUUGCAGUACACACUCCGUUGCAGUAUACGCUCCGUUGCAGUACACGCUCACCGCUCGCCUACACGACACCCAGCCCAAGAAGAGAUGGGCAGGUCGUCCCAGCUCAGAAACAACUUGGAGGGAAUAUCGCUCUGGGUGUUGACUGCCUCCUUUACCGCGGCGUGCUUCGUCCUUCAGAAUGCCCCCUACCUUCGCGUUUACCUGACUGAGGAGUGCGAUAAACUGACGUCGCCGUCUCAAUGGCGCACAUACGUGCUGCUGUUGGUCAACGUGGCCGCCGGUAUCCCGACUGCAGCAGCAACACACUUCCGAACCGGGCUGCUGGCGCCGCCGAAAGCGACAUAUCAACCAGGAGACCGCAAGUAUAUUGGGAUCGAUACCCUGACCGGCUUCAAGGCUGCCACCCUGUUUCGGCAAACACUUUAUUUGUUUCUUCUCCUCACCCCUUUGCCGGUCUUCUUUUUGUCUAAUAGCUUUCUCUUCAUCGCCUCGCCUACGUACAACUCUUACGAACUAGUCGUCUCGACAUCCUUCUUCGACGGCAAUCAUUUCGACUUGUCAAACCUGACUAUGACGCGGUUCCCAAUGGGCGAAGAGCAGACCAUGCCGUCCCGUGACCUGCUCUGGCCGACUGCAUAUGGUGGUGUUGAGUGGCUGAACCAGUCGCUCGCGGAUCUGCAGCAGGACCCAAGGAUAUGGACGAACCUCUCCCGCGACGAGUGCCUGGGAGAAUUCAACUCGGCCCGGUAUGAGAAUUAUCGGACUCUCCUGCUUGUGACAGACUUUGACCAGGGCAACGACUCUCCACUGCCGAACAACUCUGCCUUGGCCGUCGGUGUUCUGCCGGGAUACCGCCUCACGUCCGUGUCGUCCUCACUGGUCGCGCUGUGCCCCGAUGCGUACCUCGAAGCCUACCCUCGUGUCGAGGCGCCUGAGAUGGCGCCGUUUAUGCCCCAAGAUUUAGAUUGGAGACCCUUCGAGUUCGAAUAUGCCGACCCCGCCGAAGCCGAAGCCUGGGUAACGCGCAACUCGUCAAUCUCCAAACGACAUUCGCAGGCUUUCAUGGAAUAUUCGCGAGAUUCAACCUCGGAUCCCAUGCCACGCCUAGACCUCUGCUACCAAUACUGGGCCGACGCCGACAAGUGGAAGCUCGAGGACGGUAACCGGACUUACAUGGCCCCCCGCGCGGACCUCAAGUACUGCCUGGCCGAGCCCAUGACGGGACAAACGUGCCAGGUUAUCAGCAGCCACACAGUGCUCUUGGCCCUCGCUAUCAUUCUGUCAGUCAUGCUCUGCGCCAUGACGGGUGCUCUGUUUCUGCGGUUGUGGGAAGAGGGAGUCCACACCUGCGAAGAGGCUGAGGAAUGCUUCAAGCGCGCCCUGCCCGUGCCUCUACAGUCGGUGGAAGAAGGAGUCCACACAUCUGAAGAGGCGAAGGAGCGCUCUCCAGCGUGGAACCAUGCGGGAUGGUGUGGGCAGGGCCGUUUCAAGGAUUCACCUUGGCCGUCGGAUCUCCUUUACCUCGUACUUUUCAUCUACAUCUGGGUUCUGUGGGGUACCGCAGGGCACCAAUCCAACCGCGAACUGCACAAGGCAGACCUAGGAGACGAUACAUGGCUAAGCAAGGCAAGCGUCAAGUACACCAUGAUCCACAUCUUGUACGAAGUCGUCUGGUUCUUCCACCUCAACGCUUACAAGAGGCGAGAACAGUGGAACACCGACCCUCUCCGGCCGUCCUGGCGUGGAUAUCUCGUCGAAAUCUUCCUGGGACUCGUCAAGACCAUGAUGCAUUUCGCUUUCACGCUGACUUUCGUCCAUGACCUGUAUAUUGUCAUGCCACUGGAAAGCAGUCCGGGCACCCUUGACAACGGAGUGUUUACCUCUGCCACAAUCUUGGGUAUCUCGACAUUCAACAGUCGCGACAGCUUGGCGAUUUUCGGGUUCGUUUGGUUUAGCACCGUCUUUGUUUUCCUUCCCACGGCUAUUGUGGACGGACUUCUUUGUUGGGUAACGACCCUGGACAUGAAUGAGAUAGGCCACUCAACUUGGAUGCAGUUGAACCCUUUGAUGUUUUUUGUUAUGGCCGUUGAUUGGUAUAAGUGCCGGAAAGGGUAGGCACAUCCGAGUCUUCCUUCAGCUUCCGUGCCUCCUGGUGGGGCUAGGAGCUCAGAUCUUGAGAGCAAAGUCAGAGUGUAGAUUAGAAUGUCGGCGUAAAUAGGUAGCAUAUGGUCCUUCGAAGAAUAGAAAUGAACAUCUCCACAGACAAAAACAUGAUAGUAUCAUCGGCUUGACAUCACUUUAGAUGAGCGCAUCUAAAUUACUCGUCGAGCCGGCUACGAUGCCUGAGGUAGGUGACCCAGUGUGACUCAUGGAGGCGAUCCGGCCGAUGAGA